CUGUCGUAGCUGGUUCGACGGCCCAAUGUAAUAUUUUUGCCCUUGAAAUUCAGUUUGCCGCCGGUUCUCAGGUGAUGCGGACUCCGCGCUGUGAUAUUUAAAAAAUAAUUAACUUAAGAAAAAAAUAAUUCUUCAGGUAUAACAAUGACGACGGUUCAAACGGAGACGUUAGCGGAGUACAUCCUGGUGGAACACCGCUGGAUCGUGGUGCUGGUGGCGUUACUGCCCAUCUCCAUGAUCUGGAAGGUCUGGUCCACCUUCAGGAACUAUGUGGUGUUCAAGCUGAACAGCGCGCCUAAGUUCCAUGACAGGAAAGUUAAGGAUGUGCAGAGACAGGUAAAAGCCUGGCUGUCAGGAGACCGUAGCACACAGCUGUGCACGGCCCGACCGGCGUGGCAGGCCAUGUCCUUCCGUCAGGGCAUGUACAAGAAAACCUUCACGAAUAUUAAGGUCAACCUCGUCGAUGUGCUCGAAGUUGAUACUAAGAAUAUGACAGUCCGAUGCGAGCCCCUCGUCACAAUGGGCCAACUGUCCCGAACGCUAGAACCUCUCGGCUUAGCUCUAGCCGUGGUGCCAGAGCUAGACCAGCUGACAGUAGGCGGCCUGGUGAUGGGGACAGGAGUCGAGUCUUCUUCCCACAUCUACGGGCUGUUCCAGCACUUCUGUACUAAGUAUGAGUUGGUGCUCGCUGAUGGAUCUGUGGUCACGUGUAGUAAGGAUGAGAACCCUGACCUAUUCUACGCAGUGCCGUGGUCGUAUGGCACGCUUGGUUUCCUGACUUCAGCUACCAUCAAAAUUGUUCCGGCUAAAAAAUACAUCCGUCUCGAAUAUCGUCCAUACAACAAACUCUCGGAGCUAUCACACCACUUCAUCGAGGAGUCUGUGAAAGCCAAGCCGCAUCAGUUCAUAGAAGCCCUGCUGUACACCAAGGAGUCAGGAGUCCUCAUGACGGGAGACAUGGUUGAUGAGAUUGGAGAUGAUGGAAAGUAUAACCCCAUCGGCAACUGGUACGCGGAGUGGUUCUUCAAGCAAGUGGAACGUUACCUCACGAACAACAAAACAGCUGUAGACUACAUACCACUCCGGGACUACUACCAUAGACACACUAGGAGCUUCUUCUGGGAAUUGCAGGACAUAAUCCCCUUCGGCAACCACUGGAUAUUCCGCUACUUGCUGGGCUGGCUGAUGCCUCCUGAAGUAUCGCUGCUGAAGCUGACGCAGCCCGAAGCCGUCACCAAGCUGUAUGACAAGGCCCAUGUAAUUCAAGACAUGUUAGUUCCUGUCGAACACCUGGAGAAAGCCAUCGAUGUCUUCCAUAAGGAGAUUGAGGUGUACCCAAUCUGGCUGUGUCCUUUCAAAGUGUUCAACGACCCGGGACAGCUGAAGAUCAAGACGAAAGCAGAUUCACAGAUGUUUGUAGACAUCGGAGUGUAUGGAGUACCUAAAGCUAAGGGAUAUGAAACUGUGCGGUCAACCCGCAGCAUAGAAGCCUUCGUUUCCCAACACGACGGCUUCCAAAUGCUCUACGCUGACACAUUCACCACCCGCGAGGAGUUCCGCGCCAUGUUCGACCACACUCUCUAUGACAAAGUGAGGGACAGCCUACCGUAUUGCAAGGAGGCCUUCCCCGAAAUCUAUGGGAAGGUCAAUAGGAAAGUUAGGAAGUGAAUAUGUAUUUGUUUUUAGAUAAGUAGGUAAAUAUAGGCGUUAUAAUAAAAUUGUUACUCUAGCGUAAUAAAAAUAUAUUUUAUAAAAUAGAAAA